UGUACGGUCGGAAGGUUUCGUGUUAAACUAAACACGAAGCGAUGGAUGACAUGUCCGCCUCGGUUUGACGGUGAAAGCUGACAUCAGCGGCGCUGCAGCGGAGCAGCACAGGCCCGAUAAACGCACUCAGUCGCUCCUGACUAUCAACAAGCUCAAGUGGAUUCUUGUUGGUGAGAAAUGGCCGAGGGAGGCUUCGACCCGUGCGAGUGUAUCUGCACUCAGGAGUAUGCCAUGAGGCGCCUCAUCAACCUGCUCAGGCAGUCCCAGUCGUACUGUACAGACAUCGAGUGUCCUCAGGAGUUGCCAGGACCCAGUGGGUCGGUGGCUGGAGGAGGUGACCUGACCCUGCCCAUGAUUCUGAUGGGAUGGGUGGUGGUGGCCUUGGUCCUGUUUCUGUUGCGCCCAUCCAGCAUGAGAGGAGCCCGUCCUACAGGGAAACCCUCUGGACCUCACAAUAGUGAAAGACAGGAGCCCCCAGCACCACCAGUGGACUAACAUUGAGUCAAACCAGCAGCAAAUCAUCCAGCUGCUCAGACUGGGCAUACUCUGUUGGCUAGUACUGUGAGCGGGGACAACAGCCCCUUCCUGUCCGCCUUCAAUCACAUAUCUUUUUCUUUUUCCUUUCGUAACCUGAUCACAGUUUUUGUUCUUUGACCCUUGUUACUUAAACCCAGCUGACACUGAAUCAGCAAAAUCACCACAGAUCUAUUUGUUACUGUAAUCAACUUUUGUUGAGAUUGAAAAUUAUUUUUGCACACAUAUUGGAAAAAAUAUAAAUGGUAUUUGCAGUUAGUCUAAUCCUGCUUUGGCCUCUCUUUUUUUUUAAAUAUUGUAAUACCCUGAUCCUGCCUUGUAUUCUGACUACAAGCCAGGAUCUUUUGAUCCUGAGCUACAUAGAAUAUCAAUGUAUUGUUAAUUCACAAAGUCUUAAAUCAGAAUGUGCGUUUGAGUUUUAAUGUGGUCCCAGAUCCCAGCUGUGGUGCCAACAGACCCAGAAACUCGGGACAUUAGCUCGGAAUGAAGGAAUGUGCUGCCUGAUUAGGGCGGAGAUGCUGGAAAUUCCUCAUCGGGUGGUUUUCAUUCCCGUUUCCAGGUUUUUUCUUGAGACCUCACUGAAACAUUCCACUCUUUCAGGUUUAAUAUUGUUACUUUAACCCGUGCCAGUAAAGAUAUAUCAGGAGUUUACAUCGUCUUUAAUCUUAGACUUCACUGCAAUAAUUUGAAUAGCUUAAAUCUUGAAUUAGGAUUUUGUUUCUUUCUGUUUUUGUAUACAACCAGGACUUAGAUCAGGUUCUUAACAAGUGCUGUCCCUUUAAACAUGAACUAUUAUAGUAGCCAGACUAAAACAUGUUUUCUUUAUGGCUUUGGUAUACUGAUUUAUUUAUCAUGAGUGAGAAUAAUCUAAAGCUUUUUUUUUUUUUUUUCUAACUUCUGAAUUAUGCCAAUCCUUAUGUAAAAAAAUAAGAUAUCUAUGGUUUAACAGUGCCAAUGUAAACUUACAGUCCUAAAAUGAAUUUGAAGUACUUUUUACAAAAAAUGUUUGCAAUAUAAAGCUAUUUUGUGAGAGGGAUGCAUGCUUGUUUUAGGUUUACACUUUUGUCAUUGAGAACAAUAUUUAGUGAGGCAUCAAAGUCUAUUUUACUAAAACAUAUUUUUCCACCCUAUUUUUCACAAUCAUGCAUUUAAACAAACACAAUCACCCCAGAGACACUACCUGAACCAAGACAUCCUGCAGCUUUACCAUAAUUUGUGAACCCCUUUCUUAUCUGGGCAUUGGGUUACUGAAACUUCAUGCAUGAGCUUUAGGAUUGAAGGGUUUUCGGUUGUUAAACCUUUGGGUUUGUGACUACUUUAUUUUCAAUACCAGCAAAUUUCUUUGUUGUGUAGCUUUCUAGAGUAACUGCCAGGAUGGCAGGGAGGAGCUUUAAGAAUCAUAUUAACCAUAGGUCCUUCAGAAGACACGAUAAGUCGACUAUUAUGUAUCAAAUGAGACCUCAGAUGACUGAUUCAUACACUGAAGGGCUUCAACUAUGCACUUUUCCUAUAAUGCAAAAUAAAGAUUUAAAUCUGAA